UACAAAAUAUGGGGGGAAGUUUCCUUAGCAGAAACCUGGAUAAGGACAUGUUGUAGGACUCCUCCCAGCUACUCCACUCUCCUGCAUCAUCCUGCCUCAAACAGAUCUUAAAAUCUGCCAGCAGUGCUGGUAACCAGAAGAGAAAUGAGCAUCUUCCCAGCUGUCCAUGGAAUGGGGAAGCUGUAGAUUUCAGAGAAAAUGAUGUUUCCUGAAGUGUGAAGGGGAAGGAGCAGUGAAGAUCUGGAGGAGAGAGGCUGGUGCUGAUUCCUUCUACUAAAGAUGGCUCAGAAAUGGGCAGUUCUGGCUGUGCUCCUUUUCUUGCCAAUCAAUCUGGUUGAAGCUCAAAACUGGGUGAGUGUGGAGAUUGGCCGUGAAGCUGUGCUGAGUUGCCCCAACAUCUCCGAGGUGCCUUUGCUGGUGACAUGGAAGAGGAAUUGCACAAAUUGCUUGUCCUAUAGAAUGGAUCUCAAUAAGACAAGCAGCCUGAACUGCAGUGAGAGGAUCACAUGGAAAUAUUCACCUGGCAGUGACCCUGCACUUCGUAUUUACCCUGUGGACCUCGAGGAUGAGGGAAUUUACACCUGUGAAUUUGCCAGCGCCGAAGGGAAUUUUCAUUUUCUCUCUUCUCUGAUUGUGAUAGUGCCUCCUACAGUGACUCUGACCCAUGACAAGAGCAGGGUGGCUGUGUGCCAGGCAUCUGCAGGAAAGCCAGCUGCUGACAUCUCCUGGAUCCCUGCAAGCAACCACAGCUCUGAGGAGGAAUUCCAUCACCCCAAUGGAACAGUGACCAGAGUGAGCUACUUUGGCUGGGCCAACAGCUCAUUUCCCUCUGUCACCUGCCUGGUCACCCACGCAGCCAUGAACCAGACUGUGGUCAUGGACCUGAGAUACACCUCCCAUAUGCUUCUCCACGUCCGGAUAGCAGGAGCAGCUGCAGGUGCCAUUGCUGUCACUGGUCUGACUUUAUGCUUGAUUUUCAAGUGCAGAGCUUACUGCUUACGACAACGGGCACAGGGCCCAGCAGAACACUCUACAGCUAGAGCCUCGAAGUUCCCACCUCCACAUGCAAGAAGAGCAGCAGUCAAUCCUCCUGACUUUCCAGAGAGCAGCUAUGUGAAUUACAAGCCAAGAUCUAUUUAUGUAAGAUUAGGAGAGUGUAGGCACAAGUAGCCAGCUCAGCUACUAAUGAUACCCAGGUACUCAAACUUGUACUUCAACUCUUAAGCCUCAGACCUUACCCCCAAAAAACUUUGUCUUUAGUGACCUGACGAUGGUGGACAACUUACUUACUUUAGUAAGUUCUUUUCUCUUUCUCUAAAUAUCAGUACAGCUCUAGAGAAAGUUGGAAAUUUUAAGGAUUGAAUUAGGGAAAUACCUUAAUCUUGUUAGAAAAUGGACUCUGAUGUAUGUGCUGACUUUCCUCAAAACAAUGAUGGACAUAUUUCUGUGCCAGAGUAAAAGACUGCUGGUGAAAAUGUAGCACUUUUCUUUCAAUUUUUACAACUGGAUUCACUGUAAAGUUCCGUGUUGGAAACUUGAAAGUAGCAUGGGAGACCUCAAAACACAGAAGGUCAAAGCAAUACAUCUAACAGAAAUGCCCAAAUGAGAGAGUUUUAGGGGUUUUGCUUGUUUUUUUUCUGGUUGCAAUGACAGAUGACGAUCUCAUAUUUGACAUCUUCGUAUUUUUAACAUAUUUCUUUUUCAAUUAAUCUUUGUUUGCAUUACUAAUUGAUGGAAAAUAAAACCAAUUUUACAUUAUACUGGAUAUGGAAAUAAGAAACAGCAAUGGACAAUUUUUGGACACUCUUUAAUGUAAACAUGCAAAUAUUUACCAGAAGGAUUUUUGUGGUUAUUUGGGAAAAUGUUUUUUGACCAGUUUCUGAGAAGCUGAGAUCACAUCAUGGUUUUACUGAGAACAGAAAUGUUAAGUUGUAUAAGGUGCAGGUGGUAUGCUUGUUUAAAACAAAGGAAAAAAAGACAACCCUAACCACACCAUUUAUUUCUUUUCCUCUUCUGUCCCCAAGCUAAAAAACCUCCACAGAGUGGCUGUUAAUUUCAGUUUUCAUUGGUCAGGUCUGUCAGAGCUUCCAAACACUAAUGCAGCAGUAACUAAACUGAAAUGUGUGUUUUGAGGAGCCUUUUCCUGCUUCUUUCUGCAGGGUUGUCUCUGCUCCAUAAGCAUUCUUAUGCAUGAGCAUCUCCCAGUGCCUUUUAAUUGCACUUUAUCACUUCUAAAUAGACGUGGAUGCCUGCUGACAUCACUCCAGCCUUUCAUUUUAGUCAGAAAGGCAUGAAGAAUGGCUCUCUGCCUUAAGGAAAAGGACCUACAGAGGCCAUGCUGGUUUCCAGGCUUGGUGGACAAGCGAAGCCUUUCCUGUGGUGUUGGAUGUCAGUGAUGGGUUGGUCUCAGAGCUGUGUGCAGCAUCAUCAUGCCUUCUGUAGGAAGGGAGAGGCCCUUUUCAUGUGUAAAACCUCUGGGAGAAAUAAGUGACAGCUUGGAAGUAGUGCAAAUAGGUUUGAAAUGAUGCUAGGGAGGAAAAGUGUUUUGUAGCUCUGGUGAAAUCCACAGCAGUGCCUCAGUCCAAGGUGAUGUCGAGGGGUCAUUUGUGACCUGAAGCUUCUGAAAUAGAGGGAAGGUCUCUUGUUGCUUAAGGAACUGCCCAGUCAGGUAUAAACCUGGUGUUUUCUCAGUGUGGUAAAUGAGCAUGGAUUGGUUUUGUGGACAGCUACAGCAAUCUGUGCCUUUUUCAGAAGCUGGAUCAUUGCAGCCAUAUCCAAGGAUGACAGGGCUGUUAAAAUUAAGAGAGUUAGGCUGUGGAGCAGCCUGGUUCUGGGAAUCACAGUGCAUGUGUGCUGUGAUCAUUAGGAUGUAAUGUAAUUUUUCCUCAAUUCCUUUGCCCCAAGUGAGAUGUUGAAGGGUGAGAUCUAAUAGAGACAGAAAAGAUAGAGCUAGACAGGGAGAUGAUGGUGUGUGGGGAGAAAGCUCUCUGAAGCUGUGAUAAUUUGUCCUGGCUGAAAACUAUGGUCUUCACACUCCUAUCUUUAUUUUCACCUUUAAUUUGUAUUUGGUGGAAUUGGCCCAGUCACCUGCAAUGUGUCAGCCCUUUUGUUAAGGUAGAAAUUCUGAGCAGACUUAGAUCUGAAAUGAGGUGCUCUGGCAAUGACAUGGGCUAUCCUGGAAUAAAACUGCCCUUAUGCUUUUUAGGCUUGUUGUGUAUGAUUAAUAGAAGUUAUCAGGCCAAAGAGAAUAAUGUGGCUAUGGGGCUGGUUGUAAGAGAGGCUGGGACAUCAAUAAAGCUUUUACAGGUACUUUCACUGUUGGUUAUGACUGGUAAAUGGUAGGGUUUUGUCAUAUGUGAAGCUCCUGGUGUGGGCUUUGGUGGCUUGCUCUCUGCCUGCCAUGACCAGAGCCAUGUGUGCCAUGCUUCUUGGGCUCAUGAGUUGGUCUGUUGAGUAUUUGAGAAUCAGAAAUAAAUCACUUAAAUAUUUUCUGUCAUGCUGCUUUUCUAUGGGAUAGGCAGCUUGGUGUAACCCAAAGAACAACUCAAAAUGUGUGUUUGGUGUCUUAUAACAAUUUGGUCUUAAAAAUAAGCAACUUGAAAUGUUUUUAUAUUUAUCAUGAUUUUUCUCACCUCCCUGUUAAUUAUGAGUACAUUUUUGGUGACCAUACUCUUUUUAUUUGCACUGAAAGAAAAUUUAAUCAAGGCAGGUAUUUUAGACUGCCAAAACGUGUAGGAAAAUGCUGACUGUUUGUUGAAUAAUCAUUCUGAGAGGGCUACUAAAAAGUGAUGGGAAUUGGAGUCAACUAUUUGCACAUUGUCACAAGAAAAACAUUUUUUAAAAAGCCUGGGAGCGUGACACUGCUGUUUCAGAUUGACUAUUUAGUCAAAUGCACAGUUGACCGAAUGUCACUUGAGCUUUUUAGCACCAGAUGUGAUUAUAGAUGAAAAUGCUCCUGUUUAUUGUGUGGAUUUUCACUCACAUUGUUCAUAGGACACUCUUUGUAAUCAUGAUGAUGUCUGCUUUCUGAUUAAUCUAUGAACAAUUUGUCUUCUGGAAAUAGCAGGUGUUGUGAUGCCUCUUUCUCUUCACUGAAUAUGGAAAAAAUGGUGACAAAGCAUUAUGUUUAGAGCCUCAUAAAUUGGAAUAUGACUUUAGAUUAUGAGCAAUAUUUGUUUAAAAUCACAAAUUUCAACACCAGGGUUGAAAUGAAGGUGAACAAUUUUCCUACAGACUCUGGAAAUGGAGCAGAUGUCCAAAGGGCAUUUGCCAGUUCAGUGAAGAGCUCGAUUUUACUAAGUUUGAAGUUGCAGCUUUAAGUUUUGCCUAACCUUCCUGGCAUCAAUUUGCCACAAUUUUCCCUCUCUGAUGAGAAAAUAAUGCUUUCCUUGGUUCUCCUCUCAUAACUGUGACACUUGUGAUGUCUUUGUGACCUGCUCUUUCUGAAUUUGUGAAGUCUUUGCUGUUAAUGAUAACUUGUCAGCUCCUUGAUUUUGUGUCCACAGUCUGUAUACACCUGUCAUGUGCUGGAGGCAGUGAAGAGCUCAGGAAUUAACCAAGUGGGAUUUUUUCUACAUUUCCUAUCACUUCUUGGUCCUGCUGUAGUUUGUACUUGUGCUCUUAAUGAUGCUUCUUUAAGCAAGUACCUUCUUUUCUCUUUUUCCUCCCCAAUCUUUUCAUGCACUAGUUUUCUCAGUUUAUUGAUUUUUAUGUUCUCCAAGUAUUUUAUUACCUAGUUUUAUUUCUUUCUCUUUCUGGCAACAAGUACAAUUUUAUUCUUCCUUAUUUUGUUGCCUUUUGUAUGUGUGCAACUAGAGGUUUCAAACAGUGACUUGUUUUGGAAUUUUUUACUGCUUUUCACUGAACUUCUCCAUAGGGACAUAGUUACUCCAGAUCUCCUUCAUUUUUUUUUCUCCAAUGCAUAAUACGAAAUUAGUCGCUUUUGAUGAGAAACAUCUUCUGUUCUUAGAGUUCUGUGAAUCUAAGCUCACAUACCAAAUCCAAAUGCAUUAUAUGCAGCAUUUUUAUUUGUUCUUGGCUGACAUCUGUCUUACAGGAUCACAGAAUUGUUAAGGUUGGAAAUAUCCUCUGAGAUCAUCAAGUCCAACCAUUAGCCCAGCACUAUCAUGGUCACAAUUAAACUGUGCUCCUCUGUGACAGAUUUACAUGUUUUUGAACACAUCCAGGGAUGGUGAUUUCAUCACUUCUCUGGGCAGUCUGUUACAAUGCCUGACCAGCUUUUCAGUGAAGAAAUUUUGCUAAAUAUUUAAUGCACUCUGCAGCACCCAUGAGGAAGAGGAGUGAGAAACUGCAAACACCAAGGUUAGUGGAGAAGGAGGGCAGGAGGUGCUCCAGGUACCAAAGCUGGGAUUCCCCUGCAGCCUCUGGUGAGACCAUGGUGAGGCAGCUGUGCCCCAGCAUCCCAUGGGGGUCCAUGGAGGAGCAGACUUCCACCUCCAGCUCGUGGGGUCCCAUCCUGGAGUACACUUCUGGCAGGAGCUGUGACCCUGGAGAGGGAUCCGUGCAGGAAUGGGUUUUCUGGCAGAAAUCACACUGGAGCAGUCUGUUCCUGAGGGACUGCAUCCCAUGGAAAGGACCCACGGCAGCCUGGGAAGGACUCUAUCCAUGGUAAGGAACUUGCUAGAACAGAGGACCUGUGUGAAGGAAUGGUGGAGGUGAAGAACCCCAAACCCCAUUCCCCACCCCACUGCACGGCUGAGGAAUAUGAGGUAAAUCUGUGAAGGGAGUGAGAGCAAAGGUGGUUUCAAUUUUGUUUAUUUGUCAUUAUCCUACUCUGUUGUUAAUUGCUAAUAAAAGAAAUUAAUUUCCCCAAGUCAA